GGCUGUCGCUCAGUGGACGAGUUUGAAUGCCUCAACCGCAUCGAGGAGGGCACCUACGGUGUGGUCUAUCGGGCCCGAGACAAGAAAACCAGCGAGAUUGUGGCUCUGAAACGUCUGAAGAUGGAGAAGGAGCGUGACGGCUUCCCGAUCACCUCUCUGCGCGAAAUCAACACCCUGAUGAAGGCUCAACACGAGAACAUUGUCACAGUGCGCGAGGUCGUUGUUGGCAACAAUAUGGACAAGAUCUACCUGGUCAUGGACUAUGUGGAGCACGACCUGAAGGCCCUGAUGGAGGUGAUGAGCGGACCGUUCAGUGUCGGAGAGGUGAAGUGUCUGCUCACCCAACUCCUCAGGGCUGUCCGGCACUUGCAUAACAACUGGAUCCUGCAUCGCGAUCUGAAGACCUCCAACCUCCUCCUAAGUCACAGUGGCAUUUUGAGGGUUGGUGACUUCGGUCUUGCGCGGGAGUACGGUUCUCCAUUGAAACACUACACGGAGGUUGUAGUCACUCUGUGGUAUCGUGCGCCGGAGCUUCUUUUAGGCACGAAACAGUAUUCCUGCCCAAUCGAUAUGUGGUCAGUGGGAUGCAUAUUUGCCGAGUUUCUGCUACAGCGUCCCCUGUUCCCUGGGAAGGGCGAAGUGGAUGAGCUUAACAUGAUCUUCCGCGACUUGGGCACUCCGAACGAACGCAUUUGGCCCGGUGUCACCCAGCUGCCGGGCAUGAAACGUUGCGUAUUCACAGAAUACGCCUACAACCAGCUGCGUCGACGGUUUACAGAGAAGCAGAUCUCAGACCACGGAUUUGAUCUUCUUAACAGGUGA